AUGGAUUUGAAUGUGAAGAGUUCAUCCCUUGAAUCCACAGUUCAUUCAUUUUCAACCCCAAGAAAAAAAAACCACUCGAUAUGGCUUUACAAACAAUCAUCAGAAUAUGUUACCGUGAAAUCGUUGUUUCUGUUCAAGUCAGUAUCGAAACAAUGGUUCUCUCUCAUUUCCGAUCCAUAUUUCGUCCACAGCUAUUCCCUUCAACGGCGUCUUUCAGUUCAAGGAUUGUUCUUACACAAAAAUUCUUUCACUCCCAACCCGGAAUUCGAAUUCAUUAAACAUACUAGUGAUUUCUCCUGCAACACCACGACUGCUCUAUUGGAAGACUUGUCAUGUUUAAGAAUUGAACAAUCUUGUAAUGGUCUUCUCUGUUGCAGGAACUACAAACAAAUGAGUUUUGCUGCUGCUGCCAUUGACGGUUUCGACAGUGGAUGCUGUUAUUAUUUGAGUAGUAUUGCUGGAUCGGUGAUAAGGAUGGUUGCUGUCACAAUUAUGGCAGUAAUGAUGAACACAGGUGAUGCUUUCGAUCCCAUCAAAUCACGUUAUUACGAAGUCGUCCAUGUUUUGAGAUACUCCGGUGCGGAAGUCCUUUAUCAGAUUGAAAUAUAUAACUCAAAAACUUCUUCUUGGAGACUCUCUGGAGAUCUUUUUGCUAAACCAGAUGAUCUUAAAUUCUACAAAUCUGGUGUGUAUUGGAAUGGUUCACUGCACUGGAUCAGCUCCAGCGCUGAAUAUUUAAGAUGCUUCGAUGUUGGUGGCGAAGUAUUAAAGGAAAUCUACGUGCCUCCAAUGACAUCUGGUAAGGGAAGAGGUAAAGGGAAGGUUAGCUACUUUGGGGAGUACAAGGGUCAUUUGCAUCUUAUUUUCGAGUACGAUAUAACUAGUAAUCCAUGUUUUGAUAUACUGGAGAUGGAUACAGAUUAUAAGUGUUGGAACAUUAAGUACCAUGUUAAUCUUGAAGUUUUCUUGGAGGGCUUCAGUACCAAUGGUUUAAUGCAUAUCAGUACAUAG